AUGGCUACCUAUCUCUACACCACGGUUCGUCGACUAUUGUCGUCGACUGCAGAGGCGAACACCUCAGACGCUAGGUUACCAAAGCCAGACUUGAGGUUAUCUUGUACUCAUGCAGGUCCUGAGCAUCCGCGCUUGCGGUUGGAUUCUGACGGGGGAGGAUCUAGAAAUAUAUUACUUACUGAAAAUCCGUAUCGAGCAGCUGAUGGCCUAAUACAGGCAUGCCAUGCGUGCGCUCUUGAACGUCAGGCUUCUCGGACUUAUCGUUGGAAACUCAUCGUUGGCUUGAUGUUGCCAUUUGCUCUCCAGGCUCUGGACGCCACAAUAGUCGCUAGCUCGUUGCCUUGGAUCGCCCAAGAUUUCCAUGAAAUCGCUCAGAUGAAUUGGAUCACUUCGGCCUUCAAUUUGACUAACGCCGCAUUCAUUCCGUUCUGGGGCCAGAUAGCUGACAUCUUUGGCCGCCACGUUGCAAUACAAGCCGUGCUUAUUAUCAUGGUUCUUGGAAGUGCGCUCUGUGCUGGACCUCCGGUAACUGCAUAUGCGAUGCUCUUAUUGGGUCGUGCCUUACAAGGAAUUGGCUGUGCCGGACUCACUGUUAUCAUCAAAGUAAUUCUUGCUGACAAGGUCAGUCUGGAAGAACACGCUACAAAUUGGACGGUGUUUUCUCUCAUCGCAGGGUGUUCUUACGGCCUUGGUCCAGUUAUUGGUGGUGAGUGA